AUGGUGCUGCCCUUGCUAAAGCUCGGCACCUUAGCAGUCAAGACGCUGAGCAAGCCGCUGGCUAGUAAGCUCAAGCAGCAAGCUGCUUACCACCCUAAGUUCCGCCAAAUCAUCAUCAACAUGGCGCAGUUGAAUCACCGAAUCUCGACGAGGAUGCAACGGCGGAUCUACAGCCACGCUACCGAUGCGGAGAUUCGGCCGUUGAACGAGGAGAAAGCUGUCCAGGCCGCCGUCGAUCUCAUCGGCGAGUUAUUCGUUUUCACGGUAGGAGUAGGUGUUCUGAUCUUCGAGGUACAAAGAAGUUCUAAAUCAGAGGCUCGAAAAGAAGCAGCAAGGUUGCAAGAACUAGAGGAAAUGAGGCAAAGAGAUGAAGACUUGGCAAAAGAACUGGAGUCUUUGAAACAAAAACUGGAUGAAAUCGAGCAGCUUGCCAAGAGCAGAGGACUCAGUGGCAUUUUCCACUUGAAACCCUCAAGUAAAGAACACGAGAAAACAACAAAACCAGCAUAA